CGCCCCCGGCCCUCCGUCGGAGCGGAUCACGGCAGAUGCUGGGACCAGCCGUGCGAUUCCAGCCUGGGUGCAGUGGUUUAGACCAUACUCCAAAUAGCAGGGAGUCGUCACUGGAGGGGGGCUUGGAGCCCGGCGGGGACUGCAGGCGAUGACUCAGGAUGCAGCCAGGGGCUACGACGUGCACAGAGGACCGCAUCCAGCAUGCCCUGGAGCGCUGCUUGCAUGGACUCAGCCUCAACCGCCGCUCCACCUCUUGGUCAGCCGGGCUGUGUCUGAACUGCUGGAGCCUACAGGAGCUGGUCAGCAGGGACCCAGGUCACUUCCUCAUCCUCCUGGAACAGAUCCUGAAGAAAACCCGAGAGGUCCAAGAGAAGGGGACCUAUGACCUGCUGCCCCCGCUGGCCCUGCUCUUCUACUCCACUGUCCUCUGCACCCCCCACUUCCCACCAGACUCAGAUCUCCUUCUGAAAGCAGCUGAAACCUACCACCGAUUCCUGACCUGGCCCGUGCCUUACUGCAGCAUCAGCCAGGAGCUGCUCACCUUCAUCGAUGCUGAACUCAAGGCCCCAGGAAUCUCCUACCAGCGGCUGGUGAGGGCUGAGCAGGGUCUGCCCAUUCGGAGUCAGCGCAGCUCCACUGUCACUGUGCUGUUGCUGAACCCCGUGGAGGUGCAGGCAGAGUUCCUCGCCGUGGCCAACAAGCUGAGUGCGCCCAGCCAUUCGCCUCACAGCGCCUACAUCACCCUGCUCCUGCACGCCUUCCAGGCCGCCUUUGGGGUCCACUGUGACCUGCCCGGUCUGCACUGCAAGCUGCAGUCCAAGACCCUGGCCGAGCUCGAGGACAUCUUCACAGAGACUGCAGAGACACAGGAGCUGGCAUCUGGCAUUGGGGAUACAGCCGAGGCCCGGCAGUGGCUCGGGACCAAGCUGCGGGCAGUGGCAGAGAAAGCCGGCUUCCCUGAUGUCUUAGACACUGCGAAACCCAGCAAGCUCUGCACCAUUCCCAUUCCUGUUGCCAGGUGCUACACCUACAACUGGAACCAGGACAGCUUUGACAUCCUGCAGGAAAUCCUACUCAAGGAGCAGGAGCUGCUCCAGCCAGGGAUCCUGGGGGACGACGAGGAGGAGGAGGAGGAGGAGGAGGAAGAGGAGGAAGAGGACUUGGAAACGGAUGGGCAGUGUGCCAAGAGGGACUCACUGCUUUCCACCAGCUCGGAGACCUCCCGUGACUCCACCCUGUCCCUUGCCUCGUACCAGGCCUCGGGGGCCACUCUGCCCCGCCAGCUGCUGACCUCCUUUGUCUCGGGCCUCUCGGAUGGCAUGGACAGUGGCUACGUGGAGGACAGCGAAGAGAGCUCCCCAGAGUGGUACAAGAGGCCCGGCGGUCGGGAACGCCGGGGCUACCGCAGGCCCGGGCAGAAGUUCAACAGGAUCUACAAACUCUUCAAGAGCACCAGCCAGCUGAUGUUACGAAGGGACUCUCGGGGCAUGGAGGGCAGCUCAGACUCUGCGCUGCCCCUGCGGCGGGCUGGGAGCCUCUGCAGCCCCCUGGGCAGCCCGGGGCCACCCCCGACCCGGGCUCAGCGCUCCCGCUCCCUGCCCCAGCCCAAGCUCAGCACCCAGCUGCCCAGCUGGCUCCUGGCCCCCGCCUCGCGGCAUCAGCGCCGCCGUCCCUUCCUGAGUGGGGAUGAGGACCCCAAGGCUUCCACACUACGUGUUGUGGUCUUCGGCUCCGAUCGGAUUUCGGGGAAGGUAGCUCGAGCAUAUAGCAACCUGCGGCGGCUGGAGAACAAUCGCCCACUCCUCACACGGUUCUUCAAGCUUCAGUUCUUCUACGUGCCCGUGAAGCGAAGCCAGGGGGUCAGCUCCAGUGCCUGCCCAGCUGCUCUGAGCCAGACACCCCCACUCCCUCCAGACUCCCCGAGGCACCCCAUCCCGACAGAGCUGGGCAUCGCCCACUGGGAGGAGAGCACCAACGAUAUCUCUCACUACCUCGGCAUGCUUGACCCCUGGUAUGAGCGCAAUGUGCUGGGCCUCAUGCACCUGCCCCCUGAAGUGCUGUGCCAGCAGUCCCUGAAAGCUGACUCCCGGCCCCUGGAGGGCUCCCCCACCCAGCUGCCCAUCCUAGCCGACAUGCUGCUGUAUUAUUGCCGCUUUGCUGCACGGCCGGUGCUGCUGCAGGUCUACCAGACGGAGCUGACCUUCAUCACUGGGGAGAAGACAACAGAGAUCUUCAUUCAUUCCCUGGAGCUGGGUCACUCUGCUGCCACACGAGCCAUCAAGGCUUCGGGUCCUGGCAGCAAGAGGCUGGGCAUUGAUGGGGACCGGGAGGCCGUCCCUUUAACACUACAGAUUAUUUACAGCAAGGUGGCAAGCAGCGGGGCUUCCAAGCUGAGAGAGGAUCUGGCUUUGCUGCCUCUCCAGGGGGGCGUCAGUGGACGAAGUCGCUGGAAUAACAUGGAGAAGGUCUGCACCUCCAUCAACCUCAACAAGGCCUGCCGGAAGCUGGAGGAGCUAGAUGCCGGCACGGAGGCCCUGAUGCUAAACCUGACAGAAGUGGUGAAAAGACAAAAUCCCAAGUCCAAGAAGGGCUUCAACCAGAUUAGCACGUCACAGGUCAAAGUGGACAAGGUACAGAUUAUUGGCUCCAACGGCUGCCCCUUUGCAGUGUGUCUGGACCAGGAUGAGAAGAAGAUCCUGCAGAGUGUAGUCAGGUGUGAGGUUUCACCUUGCUACAAGCCAGAGAAGAGCAGCCUCUGCCCGCAACCCCAGAGGUCCCCCUACCCCGCCGCCCAGGCCACGUCGGACCUCUGCUCCCUCCUCUGCCUGCCCAUCAUGACUUUCAGCGGAGCUCUGCCCUAGUGAGACCCUGCGCCGGCCUGGAUGGAAAGCCUGGAAGCAGCCUCUUCUGAGCCUCUCCCAGUCGGUGGGCCAUGAGGGCCUCGCUCCUCGUGGAGAACCAAAUGGCCCAUGGGGGCCAGAGUCCUGCUGUGGGCUCUGCACUGGGCAGGCAGCAGGGCCUCGGCAGUUUCUGGGGCCUCAGACCUCUCUUUGGGGCAGAAACAGGCUUUGGGGAGAGAGGAGUUUGGCCACACCGUCUCUCAGGUUCCUUGAGGUAGAAAGGAGAGCUGACCUCUGGAGGCCCCGGCCACUGACAUAGUCAAGUGUCCUUGCAGGGAGGGAGAUUGGAGGCUCCGGUGCUCUGGGGUGUGGUGUAGGCCUCUCCUCCUAACCUGUGGCUGGGCCUGCUCCUUCCAUUGUCAAAGACUUGGAAGCCCUUUGUGUCUGGAGUUAAGUCUCCUCUGCUUUGGAUACAUGGAUGAGACUUUUCAUUCCUGGCCUUCAGUACCUCCCACCUCUCUCCCUGGGUCCCCCGUUCCUGAAAAUCAGCACUAACACUUUACUUGUCCAUUGUCAGGACCUGGUCAGGUUCUCUCUGGAGCCCCUUUCUGGAUCUGAGGUCCUGGGGAGAUAGGACAGGUUAGAUUCAGUUGCAGCUCAGUCACCUUCUAGCUAAAUGACCAGAAGGAAGUUAAUUACUUUCUUCAAACCUCCCUUUCCUUAGCACUAAGAUGAGGGGGACUCAGGCCUCUUCAAAGGGCUGCAGAGGAAGGGCACAGUGCCUGGCCCUAUGGCUGACUUGGAGCAGGUGCUCAGGAAAGGCCAGCAGCCUCGCUUUCAAAACGCUGGUGCCCCUUCUGGUCCUAGGGGGCUCUCAGGGCCUCUGGGAAGCUCUCCAUUCACUCUUUUCCAGUUCACCAAGACUGAGCACUGAGGAGCAAUUAGCUUUUCCCUCUGCAGGAGGAACUGCCUGUGUCAGGGUGAUGGGAGGGUUGCUUAGGCACCCUGGCCUUUACCUCCUCUCCCAGGUUGGCCCCCAUGCCCCCACUUCCAUCUCCCUCCUUGGGCUGCUGCACAUGGUGUGCAGAAUCUUGUAGCCCCAAGUUCACUGGCACCUUUCUGGUGCAUGGGCAAGAUCCCAGGGGAGUAGAGAGUGGCAUGGCUGGCAUUGCAGAGCUUUGGCCUGACUGGGGGGGUUGAGGGAUAGAACAUGAGAAGAGAGCAGCAGUGGAAAACUGCCAGGUGGGAGGAGUCCAAAGUGAAGAUGGGCUGGGGUGAUAGGGUGGAGGGCAGGCUUGGGGCCAGGAUUUGAACUGGUAGAGGUGGGGAAGGGAACUGCGGAAGCUGACCACCGUAUCCCACACAGAGCCCCUCCUUCCUCUCCUCCCACUCCAUUCUGCUCCAAAGGCUCUGGGCCUGUAGGAGCCCAUGGAACCCCAGUCCUGAGGAUUCACACCGUGAGGGGAGUGAACAGAGCCGCCUCCUACUUGGUAUCGCCAUGUCUGCCCUGCCCUGGCCGGGCUCCAGGGACUGACCGGCCAUAUACCUUCAAUACUUUUUGUUGUGCCAAUAGAUAAUUUUACUUUGUAACCACUGGUCACCUAAGAAUAAUAAAUGAAAUGUAAUAUUAUUGUUAAAUAAAACUUAUUAAUCUUGUA